UGAAACCAGUUUGUUGCUGAAAUACCGCCGUCCAGCUUUAUUUGCGCACAACAAUCUGUUGCGAUGUGCCGAAGAGUAACUGUUAAAAAUCAAUAAUCGCCACAACUGAAACAUAUUGUUGGAAUCAGGCCAGAACCGCUGCUCAUCCAGUUGGAUGGGGAUGGUGCUCAGGCUGUCCGGCGGCACAAGGAUCGCCCGGAGCAGCUGGAGCCUUACUCCGCCUCCGCCGCUCCCAACGAGGCCACCGUUAUGCUCUGCUCCCCGGCGGGCUUCUCCUCCGAUUCCGCAUCCGGGGACAGGUUCGGCAUCGAGUCCGCCAGUAGGCAGAAGUAUGAGUUAGACCGUUUGGGCAUGACUGUCAGCACGAAUGCUGUCGUCAUCACAAAGGAUCAGAGCAACCUGAUUGGCAUUAGCAUUGGCGGUGGAGCACCCAUGUGUCCAUGUCUGUAUAUUGUUCAGAUCUUUGAUGGAACACCCGCUGCUCGGGAGGGAUCCCUGCAAUCCGGAGAUGAACUGUUGGCUGUGAACUCGGUGAGCGUGAAGGGCAAGACGAAGGUAGAGGUGGCCAAGAUGAUCCAGACGGCCACUGACGAAGUGGUAAUCCAUUACAACAAGCUGCACGCCGAUCCCGAACAGGGCAAGACGCUGGACAUCAUCCUUAAGAAGCUGAAGCAUCGGAUUGUGGACAAUUUGUCGAGCAAUACGGCGGAUACUCUGGGUCUCUCGCGCGCGAUACUAUGCAAUGAUUCGCUGGUCAAGCGACUGGAGGAGCUGGAGGGCACUGAAUUGAUGUACAAGGGUCUCGUAGAGCAUGCCCGCCGGAUGCUCAAGGCCUACUACGAUCUCCUGCAGACAUAUAAAUCCUUUGGCGAUUGCUUCACCCAAAUAUCGGUCCAUGAACCGCAACAGCGGGCAUCGGAGGCGUUUCGAACAUUCGGCGAGUUCCAUCGCACCUUGGAGAAGGAUGGCCUGGGCAUCAUCAAACAGAUCAAGCCAGUGUUGGCCGAUCUGGGAACGUAUCUGAAUAAAGCCAUUCCGGACACAAAGCUCACGGUACGACGCUAUGCGGAUGCCAAGUUCACAUAUCUUUCGUACUGCCUGAAGGUCAAGGAGAUGGAUGAUGAGGAGCAUGGCUUUGCUGCCCUGCAGGAGCCACUUUAUCGCGUCGAGACGGGCAACUAUGAGUACCGCUUGAUUCUGAGAUGUCGCCAGGAUGCACGCAGCAAAUUCGCCAAACUCCGCACCGAUGUUCUCGAAAAGAUGGAGCUGCUGGAAUGCAAACAUGCCAUGGAUCUGAACAAGCAGCUGCGAAGCCUGCUGGAAAGUUUGGCCGAACUUCACAGGAGUUUGGUGGACCGACUGGACUCCCUACCGCCGCUCUUUCCCAUUGAAGUGGACUUCAAGGAGACGGACUUUCAGUACAAGUCCAGCACUCUGAAGCCGCAGGAGCUGGACGACGAUGAAAUCGAGGCCAACAAUCAUCCCCAUUCCGCUCCUUCGCAAGUCGAUUGCGGCUUCGAGGCUGUGGAGCAGCCGGCGGCAAUUAUAAACGUGGAGCCCAAGGCGUCUGUUGAUUCGUCCACCUUCCCAUCCACCAGCGAGAACGAGACGCUGCUCAAGGAACUGGGCCUGUACGACGUGGACCUGCUCUCCAAUCCGCAGACCAUUAGCAAUCAAAAGGACUCCAUUGCUGCCCAGAAUGAUGGCUACGACUUCGACUUGUUUCUAAACCAGGCGACUGCAGCCACCACCAGUUUGGAGCGCGAUCUGAUGUCCUCGAAUGCGGAGGAGAUGGAUCUACUCCUGCAAUAAGCUCCUUAGUACAAAUAUUAAGAAUUGCUUUAGAGAAAUAUUAAAUGUUUCAGUAUUUUGUGAAGAUAUCAAAGAAUAUAUAUAGUCUUUGAAUUCAAUAGGAUAAAAGUUGCUACGAAUGUUCACGUAUAUUCUUUAUCGUACAGUUUACAUUUAUGAAAACCAAAUUCUUUGUUCUAGCAAAUAUCUUACUUAUA